UUUUAUCAACUCUUCGAGUCUCUUUUACUUUUUCCUGAAAACGGCACGACACAGAGAUUUCUAAGAACGAAAACCCACAACGUUACUUUUCAGCAUUGGUCUCCUACGUAUAUAGUUAGCAGAAUAAAUCGGUCAGAAUAAAUUUACAAAUCCUUGCAUCGUCCAGAAAGUUAGUUUUAGCAUAGUUUAAAAAAUGAAUUAAAUAUGUAUUACAAUGAUCCAUUAGCUUCUUACAUUUCCUAAUACAUUUUCUAGAAAUUCUCAGUUGUGAUGAAUUAGAUCUCGUUAAAUUUUUAUUUUAUGUGCGAUUUUAUAGUGAACCAUUUAACUGCCUGACGCGAACCCUUUUUAGAUAAGUCGUUUUUUAAUUUAAUUGUUAUUUCAGUAUGCAUUGUAAUAAUUGAAAUUUGUGCAGCAGACUUCUUUUUCUUCACUUGUUGCACCUAUCUGCGUAUGCAAUUUCAAUUCUUGCACUAUAAUAUCCAAGAACUAAUUCCUGUUAAUUCUUGUAAUACAAUUAUGGCUUAUAAUAAGGAAAUUCGCGGCAAGCUUUUGGAGUUAAUCCGAAGGCAUCAAUUCUUGAUAAGUGUAUCAGAGAAUUUGAAUGUUAUAUAUACACAAUCGUCACUGGUAAAUUUUGUUAUCAGUUCAAUUGUUAUAUGCCUUUCUGGAUUCAAUGUUAUGACUGUCAAGGACGUGGUGUACGUCUCUACAUUUCUAUCUUUCCUGAUCCUGUCUCUCUUUCAAGUGUUUUUCUUGUGCUAUUUUGGCGAUUUGCUAAUGAAUUCAAGUACAGCAAUUUGCGAUGCAAUUUAUAAUAGCCGAUGGUAUUUAAUGGAAAAUGCUUUUAGGAAAGACAUACUAAUUAUGCAUAUAAGAUCUCGAAGAGCUUGCAAGCUGACGGCCUGGGGUUAUGCUAACAUCAACCUCAAUGCGUUUAUGAGGGUACUUAGUACUUCUUGGUCUUAUUUGGCCCUUCUCAAUACUAUGUAUGAUCAGCGGAAUUAAGUAAUUUAUAGCAUGUAACAUGGUAGGUUACCUACUUAUAGUCGAAAAAGUUAUAUUAAGAUUGUUUAGAUUUCCAUUUAGUCUAAAAGUCAAUCAUGCCUUGCAUAGAUUAUAGAUACAAAGCUCAGUUAACAGCACAUCAACCUACCCAAAUUCAUUGCAAACUCGCCGCUAUUGCCGCGCCAUAGAGAUUUAUGCAGGGUAACUUGAUGUGCUGUUGACUGUACAUUAUUAAAUCAGUCUCUUUGUAAUACUUUGUCAAUAAACAUACACAUAAUCA